AUGGCCACCAAUGGUAGCUUCAAUCAACAAGACCAAUACAAGACCACCACCACCGAACAGUACCCAGCUACUUCAGGUGCCACUGGUUCUUCAAGCGGAGGUGCUUCCGGUGGAGAUCUCUCCAAGGAUGAAGUCGGUUGGUACUUUGUUGAGCAGUAUUACACUACUCUGAGCAAAUCACCAGAAAAACUCCACCUUUUCUAUGGAAAGAAAUCUCAAUUCGUUUCUGGUCUUGAGGGCGCUCAAGCUCCAGUAUCUGUCGGCCGAGCUGGCAUCCAAGAACGUAUCCGCGACCUCGACUUCCAAGACUGUAAAGUUCGUGUCACCAACGUCGAUUCUCAAGCUUCCUUCGACAACAUCGUCAUCCAGGUGAUCGGUGAAACAUCCAACAAGUCUGCCGAGCUCAAGAAAUUUGUUCAAACCUUCGUUUUAGCUCAACAACCUACUGGAUACUUCGUUCUCAACGAUAUCUUCAGAUACAUCAACGAGGAGGGUGAAGAAGAGCAAACUGAGGCUCCUGAGGCCAAAGAGACCAAAGAGGAGUCUGCGCCUGCUCCAUUGGUCGAUGAUGUCGAAAUGCCAGCUGCACCAGCUGCUGUCGAGGAGUCCGUCACUCCAGAAGCUACUUUGGACGCUGAGGUAGUCGACAAGAAAUUGGAAGAGACUAUCGAGGCCGAGCCCGUCAUCGCCGAACCUACCACAAAUGGAGACUCAGCCGAGGCUGCUACCGAAGUGGAGGAGAAGCCAGAGGAGCCAAAGGUUGAGGAACAAGCCCCUACAUCAGAGGAAGUUGAGAAGGCUGUUGAAGAGGAAGUCAAGGAACCAGAAAAGCCAAAGGACCCCGUUCCAACCCCAGAGCUUUCCAAAAAGCCUUCUGUUACCAAACCUGCUCCAGUUCAACCAGCCACCCCAGCUAAGCCUUUGAGUUGGGCAGCCCGUAUCGCAGCUUCAGCUGGCUCAGCACCAAAACCCGCUGUUCCAGUUGUGCAACCAAAGGCCGCCGCUCCAGCUGCACCAAAGCCUGCUGCCCCUGUCGUUCAAGCAGCUAAGCAACCAACAACUCCAGCAACAAUCGCUGCUACUCCCGCAGCUGAGAAGAAGGAAAACUCCCCAACAGGCUCUUCUGGAUGGCAAACCGCCGGAGGUGAUGCUAAGCGACAAAACCGACCUCAAUCUAUCUCCCAACAGCCAACAGAGGAUAAGGGAACUUUGGGAUAUGUUCGUAACGUUAACGUUUCGGUCGAGAAUGAUGAAUUACGCUCAGUUUUGAGCUCUUUCGGCGAGUUGGUGUACUUCGACAUCAACCGUGCUAAGAACUGCGCCUUCGUAGAAUAUGCCAAUGCCGCCGGUUACCAAGCAGCAGCUCAGGCUAACCCCCACAAGAUUGGCGAAGAAACCAUUUAUGUUGAGCCCCGCCGACCAAAGUCUACUGCAUACGGUGGAAAUGGUUACUCUGGAGGUGGACGUGGUGGAAUGAACCAACGUGGUCGUGGUGGAUUUGAACAAGGUCGUCCUGGCAACCAACCUGGUCGAGGCAGCUUUGGAGCAAAUCGUGGACGCGGAGGUGCUAAUGGACCAAGAGGAGGUCGUGGUGCCAGUCAGGCUGCUGCUUAA